ACAUAACAUCAUAUAAUAUGGAAUCGGUGAAUGAAGUGAUGACCUCUUCGUACUUACUACCCCCCUUAACCUUGAUCGUAAUCAUUCUGACUGUCGUUUUGUCAUUCAAAACCAAAAAACGACACUACAAAAACCUCCCACCAACCCCACCGUCUCUUCCCAUAAUCGGCCACCUCCAUCUCGUAAAACCUCCAAUCCACAGAGCCUUCCAUAAUCUCUCCUCUAAAUAUGGCGACGUUUUCUCCCUCUGGUUCGGGUUCCGCCGCGUGGUCGUCGUCUCAUCCCCUUCUGCCGUGGAGGAAUGCUUCACUAAAAACGACAUCGUUUUGGCCAGCCGCCCACGUUUCCUCGUGGCAAAGCACAUAGGCUUCAACUACACCAACAUCAUCGACUCUUCUUACGGUGACCACUGGCGUAACCUCCGGCGAAUCUGUGCCGUCGAGAUCUUCUCCUCAGCACGGCUCAACCUCUUUGUCGGGAUCCGGAGAGAUGAGGUCAAACGACUACUCUGCAAGCUUUCACGCCAUAAAGAGUCGGAGAAGGUGGAGCUCAAGCCAGUGCUUGAAGAGUUGAUUUUCAACAUCUUAAUGAGAAUGGUGGCCGGGAAACGGUACGACGGUGAUGACGUGACGAACGAAGAGGAAGCACGAGAGUAUAGGGAUAUUGUGAGAGCUGUUAUGGAGCUUGCCGGAGCAGGGAACGCGGCAGACUUUUUGCCAAUCCUAAAUUGGAUUCCUAAUGGUUACGAGACGAAGUUGAAGAGGCUUGGGAAAAGGAUGGACUCGCUUUUGCAGGCUUUCAUCGAAGAGCAUCGGAGUAGCAAAGAUGAGAAUCAAAACACCAUCAUCAAACAUUUACUCUAUUUGCAGGAGUCUCAACCAGAAUAUUACACUGACCAAAUCAUCAAAGGCUUCGUACAUGUAUUAUUUGCAGCAGGAACAGAUACAUCAUCAGUAACAUUAGAGUGGGCAAUAUCUAAUUUGUUAAAUUAUCCUCAUGUUCUAAAAAAAGUCAAAGAUGAGCUAGAUUCUCAAAUUGGUCAACAACAAUUGGUGGAAGAAUCAGAUCUCUCCAAACUCCCUCAUCUCCAAUGUGUCAUUUCCGAGACCUUGCGAUUGUACCCAGCAGCUCCACUCCUUGUACCUCACUACUCCUCCAAUGAUUGUACUAUCGCUGGAUAUGAUGUGCCACGUGACACUAUUUUAUUAGUUAAUGCAUGGGCCAUACAUAGAGAUCCAAAACUGUGGGAAGACGCCGAGAGUUUCAAGCCCGAAAGGUUUGAGAACAUCAAUGGUGACAACGAAGGAUACAAGCUAAUGCCAUUUGGACUUGGAAGACGGGCUUGUCCUGGAAAAGGCUUGGCCCGUCGCAUGAUGGGCUUGACAUUAGGGUCUUUGAUCCAGUGUUUUGAUUGGGAAAGAGUUGGCGAUGACAAAGUUGACAUGGUUGAAGGUAAAGGAAUCACAAUGCCUAAGGCUGUGCCAUUGGAAGCUAUCUGUAAAGCACGUCCUAUUAUGAAAAACCUUCUCUCACAAUCCAAUAAUGAUUUUUAAUUUUUUUUUAUGGAUUUAGCUUUUGAAUAUGUCAUGGACUUUUAUUAAGUUAGUAGGUAUUGUUUUAUUUGGAUUUUUCUAUGUGUUUUAGCAUUGGUUCAAUAUUAUAAUUAGUUUAUAACUUAUCUUUUGUUUGCAUC